UGUCACAUGGUGCUUGGUGUUCCAACAGCGCUUCAUGGCCUGGAGCUGUUGCCAGUCACUGUCCUUACAGGGCCCUUUCAUCCUGCUGGGCUUCUCAGGCCAUCACAGUUUGCAUGUCAGGCUCUUUUUACUCUUCCUGGUCAUGCACGUACUCACAGUGGCCGGAAUCCUGGCCAUCAUCUCCCUUGUCAGGGCACCAGCACCAUUGAAUACCAUGUACUUCUUCCUCUGCAAUUUCUGUUUCCUGGAAAUCUGGUUCACCAUGGCCUGCAUGCCCAAGGCCCUGGCCACUUUCACCUCCCAGAGUGGAGUCAUCUCUCUGGCUGGCUGUGCUGCACAGAUGUACUUUAUCUUCUUGUUGGGCUGCACUGAGUACUUCCUGCUGGCUGCUAUGGCCUAUGCCCACUACCUAGCCAUCUGCCUGCCACUAUGCUAUGGUGGCACCAUGACACCUGCCCUGGCAGUGUGGCUUGCCCUGGGCUCCUGGAUGUGUGGCUUCUCUGCCAUCACUGUGCCUACCACCCUCAUCACAUGCCUCUCCUUCUUCAGCUCUUGAGUCACCAACCACUUCUUCUGUGACAUUGUGCCCUGGAUUGUGCGGUCCUGCACUGACACCUGGGUAGUGGAGCUGAUCUGUUCAUCCCACCUCACAGUGGUGCUCAUUUGGUAUGGUUCCACCAUCUUUCUGUGUGUCAGGACUUUGGUGGAGAGCUCCCUGGACCUGUCCGAGGCCAUCACAGUGCUCAAUACCAUUGUCACGCCAGUGCUGAACCCCUUUAUUUACACACUGAGGAACAAGGAUUUGAAGGAGGCUCUGUUUAGGAUGGGGCAGGGGAGGUGA